AUGGCCGCGGAUGCUCGCUUCCCGCCACUCCUCGCGCUUGUCGACACCGCAUGCUCCCGCAUGCAGGCUGCUUCCAGCAGCAAUGGCACAGACGCUCUCGCAUGCGACCUUGUGACGAUCGUGAGGAAUGCUGCGGCGACUCGUGCGACCGUGGGCAUCAUGCUCAAGGUGGGUGGGAUUCGGUUGUUGUUCUUUUGUUGUGCCCUUGCUGUUGGUCUGCGGUCUUGGCGUUUCAUCUUCAGCGUGUCCUACUUCAUGUUUCGUUAUCCUGGAGCCAUCAUCGACAACCUGAUGAUCGGAGCUCCCGGCCUGCAGUGCAAGAAGCUCUCCAAGGGGGAUCAGAUCUUGAAGGUGGAUGGCCUCGAGGUGGAUUCGGAGAACGUCGUAGAUUUCCUGAUUGGACCCGACACCCCUGACAGCGAUGUGUCCGUCACCGUCAGGAAGAGGGUUGGUUGUGUGGUCCAUGUCAAGUCAAUGAUUGGCCUGCAGAACGGGGAAGAGAUCGUCGUGAAUUUGAAAAGGAUGGCCACUGAGAAAGUGGCGGAUAAACGACAGAUGUUCGAGUACUUCACUCAGAUUAAGGAUGCUGCUGUCCGAUUCGGCGACAACCGUGCAGCGGACCUCAUUGAUGCGACCGUUGAUUUGUGGAGCAAGAUGGUCAUUGCUCAAGAGGACUACGAUGCCACCAUUGCCGCCAACGUAAGACAAAUGCAAACCGAGACUGAGUCCCACCUGAAGUCGGUACAAGCAACCCUAGAUCAACUGAAGAACACCAUUCAGCAGGAACGCCGCCACUUCACCGAGUUUGAAGCCCAAGUCAACGCUCAGAUUUCAGAACUGAAGAACGUGAUUCAGAAGACAGAGAAAGAGAGAGACGAAGCGAUCGCCAAGCACAAGCCCUGCGACGCGAUGAUCAAGUCGCUCAAGGAGCGUGUCGAGCAGCUGGAGAAGGACCUCAAGAAGGUGUGUAGUGGCGGGAUGCGCUGUGAGAUGCGAAGAGGAGCAGACCCGGGAGCGCUCUUCAGAGCUCACUGUGUUGGGAUGCAGGCGACAGAUGCACACAAGCCUUGCGAGGGGAAGAUCCAGGAGCUUCAGGCUACCUUGGCCAAGACUAAGAAAGAUCUCGAAGGAGAGCGCGACGAUGCGAUCGCCAAGCACAAGCCCUGCGACGCGAUGAUCAAGUCGCUCAAGGAGCGUGUCGAGCAGCUGGAGAAGGACCUCAAGAAGGUGUGUAGUGGCGGGAUGCGCUGUGAGAUGCGAAGAGGAGCAGACCCGGGAGCGCUCUUCAGAGCUCACUGUGUUGGGAUGCAGGCGACAGAGACCCAUAGGCCUUGCGAGGGGAAGAUCCAGGAGCUUCAGGCUACCUUGGCCAAGACUAAGUUCGACUGCGAAAAGGAGCGCGACGAUGCGAUCGCCAAGCACAAGCCCUGCGACGCGAUGAUCAAGUCGCUCAAGGAGCGUGUCGAGCAGCUGGAGAAGGACCUCAAGAAGGCGACAGAGACCCAUAGGCCUUGUGAGGGGAAGAUCCAGGAGCUUCAGGCUACCUUGGCCAAGACUAAGUUCGACUGCGAAAAGGAGCGCGACGAUGCGAUCGCCAAGCACAAGCCCUGCGACGCGAUGAUCAAGUCGCUCAAGGAGCGUGUCGAGCAGCUGGAGAAGGACCUCAAGAAGGUGUGUAGUGGCGGGAUGCGCUGUGAGAUGCGAAGAGGAGCAGACCCGGGAGCGCUCUUCAGAGCUCACUGUGUUGGGAUGCAGGCGACAGAUGCACACAAGCCUUGCGAGGGGAAGAUCCAGGAGCUUCAGGCUACCUUGGCCAAGACUAAGUUCGACUGCGAAAAGGAGCGCGACGAUGCGAUCGCCAAGCACAAGCCCUGCGACGCGAUGAUCAAGUCGCUCAAGGAGCGUGUCGAGCAGCUGGAGAAGGACCUCAAGAAGGUGUGUAGUGGCGGGAUGCGCUGUGAGAUGCGAAGAGGAGCAGACCCGGGAGCGCUCUUCAGAGCUCACUGUGUUGGGAUGCAGGCGACAGAUGCACACAAGCCUUGCGAGGGGAAGAUCCAGGAGCUUCAGGCUACCUUGGCCAAGACUAAGAAAGAUCUCGAAGGAGAGCGCGACGAUGCGAUCGCCAAGCACAAGCCCUGCGACGAAUUGAUUGGAGGUCUUCGCAAUGAACUGGCUGAUUCGCAGAAAGAGAUGAAGCAGCUGAAAGGGCUGCAUUCUGGAUGUGAUGACAAGAUUCGAAAACUUCAAGCUGAGCUUGACGCCAAUGCCAGAGAGCUGAAGCGUCUCAGGGAUGAACACCAGAAAUGUCCAGACAACCUCCUGGCGCUGGAACAGAGAAUCAAGAAGCUGACAUUGGCACAGCAAGAACUUCAGGACGAGUACGACCGUCUCAAGAGAGAGCAUGCCCAGUGCGGGCGAGUGAAGCUCGGGGCUGCAGCUCCGGUCAUUUGCGGGAUUGGACUGCGCAUGGAGCAGGUUGAAGGAAGAGAGAUCCAGAUUUCAGAGGUCAUUCCGAAUGGAACCUGUUGGUGGAUCCUUCAAGAGGAAGUCAACAAGAGCAACUGCCUUGAGGUUGGCGAUGUGAUUGUGAGCGUCAAUGGCAACAGAGCCUUGGACGUGAAUGUGGUGCCCGAGAUGGUGAGGGGAGUCGAGGGAUCUUCAGUGGAGGUUGGGGUGAAGAAGAGGAGCUGCGCAAUCACUUGCGGCUGCAACGGCUCAGGUGAGCACACUCUGAACAUUGUUCGCAACCCUACUUCCGGGAAGCGCCCCAAGAAGUUGCUGGAGAGGAUGGCGGUCUGA